GCAACUUAGGGUCCGCGAGACACGGGCACCGAAAAUGUAUCGGGAUUUGCUUCAAGUCACUCGCAUCAAGACAUAACUUUUGCGAAACUUUUCUGGCGCAACCAUUAAAGUGGAUACAUGAAGACUUCAUCACGGGAGUAAACUGUGUGAUUCCAAGAAGUACAAACCGUCUCCAUCUGCAUAUGUCUGCUCAGGGAGAGAAAGAGGGGGCUUUAUUGGAAAUUCUCUAACCCCCAGUGGGACGCUCUCUGCCCCCUUUCUCCAAAAGUUCCUCCAAGGAAAGCCGAGUUUGCUGGGAUCAAUUUAAGGCCACCUACUGAUGCAGACAAGCGCAACGCCGUGUACGAGGGCCUGAGGGUGCAGCAGCAGCGGCAGUGCUCUGAGUCCCAAUGCCAGUUGACAUGCAGCCACAUCAGGGGCUGUAUCACUAUGAGUCUGCUCCUAGCCAGCCCUCACGCGGCCUAGCUCCCUCAGGUAGAUCUGCGUAUGGUGACGUGGCCCCGCUCCGUGCCACCCCCCACAACGGCCAGCCCCCGGACAGCAGGGCCAUGUACAACCCCAUGACCCCAAACAUGACGGCCAACAUGACCCCCGGCUCCUGCAUGGACUCCUACAUGCGCCCCCCUCAUGCCCCCCCGCCACACAGCAUGCUGGGACACCGUGGGGGCAUGUCUGCCGCAGAAGGAGUGAGUGGCAGCCCGUACUGCAGCCAGGGGAACCUGAUGUCCCACCACAGCUUCUCCCACGGCCAGCCAGGCUCCGAGCUGCUGGGCUCUGCUGACGGCUCUCGAUUCUCCACUCCACGCUCCAUGCUGAAGUUGAGUAAGAAGCGCGCCCUGUCCAUCUCUCCGCUGUCGGACGCCAGCGUGGACCUGCAGACGGUCAUCCGCACGUCGCCCAACUCCCUGGUGGCCUUCGUCAACUCACGCUGCGGCCCCAACGGUGCCAGCUCCUACGGGCAUCUGUCCGUGGGCGCCAUGAGUCCGUCCAUGGGUUUCUCCGGUUCUAUGAGCUACCAGUCCCGGCCGCAGGGUUCCAUGUAUGGAGGGAACACUCCCCUAGGCCACCACCAAGGACCCUGCCACACACCUCCUCUCCGGUUACCACCUCACAACCCCAGGCUCCAUGCCCCUCCAAAGCAUGGUCAUAUGAAGACAGAGCCAGUGCUGGGCAGUGUGAUGGACAGCAUCAACAUGAAGAGUCUGGAGGAGCACUCGGAGGGAGACGUGGCCAGCCCGUCCUCAACAGGGACGCAGGAUCCUCUGCGUGGUCUUCUGGAGGGGCAUGAGGAUCUGGACAAGGAUGACGGCAAGCCAGAGCCCGAGGCCAUUUACGAGACCAACUGCCACUGGGAGAGCUGCAGCAAGGAGUUCGACACCCAGGAGCAGCUCGUGCAUCACAUAAAUAACGAGCACAUCCACGGUGAGAAGAAAGAGUUUGUGUGCCACUGGCAGGACUGCUCCCGGGAGCAGCGUCCCUUCAAGGCCCAGUACAUGCUGGUGGUGCACAUGCGCAGACACACCGGGGAGAAGCCACACAAGUGCACUUUUGAAGGUUGCAAUAAGGCGUACUCACGCCUAGAGAAUCUGAAGACUCACCUCCGCUCACACACUGGGGAAAAGCCCUAUGUGUGUGAGCACGAGGGCUGCAAUAAGGCCUUCUCCAACGCUUCCGACCGGGCCAAGCACCAAAACCGCACUCACUCAAAUGAGAAACCGUAUGUUUGUAAGAUCCCUGGGUGCAUCAAACGUUACACAGACCCCAGCUCUCUCCGCAAACACGUCAAAACAGUACAUGGUCCAGAGGCACACAUCACCAAGAAGCACCGCGGGGACACUGGCCCUCGACCUCCAGGAUCUGCCAUGACCCCUGGUGGUCAAGGUGGUGAAUUGCUCCAGGAGAAGGAGGAAACUCGCAGGGAGGACUGCAAACUCCUGGCCCCAGAGAAUGCUCUGAAGUCCCAGCCCAGUCCUGGCGGCCAGUCGUCCUGCAGCAGCGAGCGCUCUCCGCUGGGCAGCGCCAACAACAACGACAGUGGCGUGGAGAUGAACCUGAACGCGGUGGGCAGCCUGGAGGACCUGACCGCGCUGGAGGACGCAGCAGGGACCACAGGGGCCGGAGAGGCCAGCGGCGGGGCAGGCUCGGGGGGCAUGGGGAUGUCCGCUCAGGCCCUGAAGAGGCUGGAGAACCUGAAGAUCGACAAGCUGAAGCAGAUCCGUCGGCCAACACCCCCUGGACGAGGCAUGGGCAACAGUAAGCUGCCCACUCUCAAUGCAUCUGGUGGGGACAUGAUGGGGAUGUGUGCCCCGUCUCCAGUCCUGUCUAACCGGCGUGUGAUGGAGCUGUCCAAUCAUGAGGUGGGUGCCGGGGGAGCUGGGGGCAUGCCGUGCCCAGCCAACGACCGCCGCGGAAGUGGCACCAGCAGCCUGAGUUCCGCCUACACGGUCAGCCGGCGCUCCUCGCUGGUGUCUCCAUACCUGUCCAGCCGACGCUCCAGCGAGGCGUCCCAGGUGGGGGCGGGCGCGCCGGCCCACUCUCAAGGCAUGAUGGGUCAGGAGUCGGGGGGCGACCCGCUGUCCCCCGAGAUGAACCGCAGGGCUGUGUCGUGCCAGGGGUCGGGAGGUCUGCCGGGCUUGCCCAGCCUCACCCCUGCCCAGCAGUACAACCUGAAGGCCAAGUAUGCCGCCGCCACUGGGGGGCCUCCACCCACCCCUCUGGCCAACAUGGAGCAGCCGGGCACCCCUGGCCGGAGAGUGGGCUUCAUGAGCGAGUACCACUGCCAGCCUCUGCCACCUUAUCUCCAGCAAGGGGCUGGGCGCAGGCACAGUGCCAACACCGAGUACGGCACGGGGGUGAUGUAUCCUCACCAGGCGCCAGGCAACGCCACCAGGCGAGCCAGCGACCCGGUCCGCUCGGGCGCGGCCGAUGCCCAGGGCCUUCCCAAGGUGCAGCGCUUCAGCAGCCUCACCAACGUGUCCAUGAUGAGCCGGCGGAACGCCAGCGUCAACCUGAUGCACUGCGGCUCCGACGCCAACAUCGCCCGGCACAUGUACUCGCCGCGGCCGCCCAGCAUCACCGAGAACGUCAUGAUGGAGGCGCUGGCCAUGGAGCCGCACGGCGGGGGCAGCGGAGAGCCGCGGGACCACGGCAUGAUGAUGGGCCAGGGCCACAUGGGCUACCAGCAGCACCACCACCACCACCACCACGGCCCCAACAGCCAGCUGUCCCCUGGCGCAGAGAGCAUGGGCUGCCCCGACCAGGCGUACCAGUCCGGCCAGGCGGGCAUGCAGGGCCACUACGGAGGCCAGAUGGGGCAGGUGGACAUGUCCAACAGUUUGCUGCAGCAGGCAGAGUAUGGCAUGAGCACCUGCCAGCUCAGCCCCUCGGGGCCCAGUUACCCCAGCCUGGGGCAGGGGAGUGGCGGAGAGGGCAUAGGUGGGCCGUGGGGCGGCGAUGGCACCCAGGUGCAGGCAGGGAUGCAGUUCCAGGAUCAGGGCAUGCAGGGCUCGCACUACCCUCAGCAGGCCGUGUACGGCGGCACGGACGGCUGCCACCAGAAGGUCACCAUCAAGCCCGAGCAGCAGUUCCACCCGUCCAUGUCCACCCACAGCGCCUGCCAGAACGCCAAGCCCUUGCUCGCCCAGCGCCAGCUCUCCCAGCCGGGCGCCAUGCCCCUCUCCCCCCAGGCCUACGCUCAGCAGCACCCGGCCGCCCAGGGCGUGAUGGCCAGACCCUCCGCCGUCAGCUGUGACUUCCAGGGCCCGAUGGAGACCCAGCAGCAGCAGCAGCAGCAGCAGCAGGGAUCCUUCCCCGCCAGAGGGGCCGUGAGCCUGGGGUGCGCGGGCUCCUCUCUGGCCGAGGCCCGGAGGUCCCAGACGCCCAUGCUGCAGGUGAAGGAGAUGAUGGUGCGCAACUACGUGCAGUCGCAGCAGGCGCUCAUGUGGGAGCAGCAGAUGGAGCAGCAGCAGAAGGCAGGCGGCGUCGGUGUCGCCGACAGCAUGGACGUGAGUGGACAGCAGAGCUCCAUGAUGCAGCAGCAGCAGCAGCAGGCUCACAACAUGUACCCUGCUGCUAAUUACCCAGCGUACCCCAACCAGAACCUCAUGAGCCCCCCCGCCGGCGGCAGCGCCACACACAGCCGCGGCCCCAGCUCCGUGCCCCCCAAGGAGCAGAUGGUGGGCCUGGCGGGUUCCUGCUACGGCCAGGACAUCGUGCCCAGGCCACCACAGAGUCGGAAGCCCCUGAGCCGCCAGAACAGCCUCUCCCAGCAGAGCGGGGCGUACCUGGGCAGCCCGCCUCACCUCAGCCCCAGGGCCCAUGCCGCGGCCAGCCCUCGGAGAGCGGUCCGACUCCCGCCGGUCCAGACCCAGCAGCAGCCGCAGCAGCUUCCUGACAACUUCCCUGGCCACAACAACAACAACAACGGCCCCAUGUACUACUCCGGCCAGAUACACAUGCACCACGACAUGGAGAAGCCGCUGUCCCACCCCAGCAACCAGGCCGGCUCCUGCCUCAACCAGAUGGGGGCCGUGGUGGACCCAGGGUCCAAACCUCUGGGCUACGCCGAGACAGGGCCCAUCUCCAACACGCUGGAAAACCUCGACCUGGAGAACGCCCAGAUUGACUUUGCCUCCAUCAUCGACGACCAGGACCCUUCGUCCUACAGCCCCAUCAACCCUCCGCUGUCCUCGUCGCAGGCCUCGUCCCGUCUGACCACCCCCCAGACCUCGAUCCCGCAGCCUUCCGGCCUGUCCAACAUGGCCGUGGGCGACAUGACGACCAUGCUGACUUCCCUCGCCGGGGAAAACAAAUACCUGAACACACUAUCGUAGAGAGAAAGAGAGAGAGAGAGGAAGAGAGGCAGAGAAAGAGAGAGAGAGAAAGAGAGAGAGAGAGGAAGAGAGGCAGAGACUUGCUGUCCCUUUGCCCUCCCACACACUUGUGCUUGGCCCCUGCGUGAGCUCACAGACUCAAGGACUGACUACAGUCAGUGGCCUUCAGACGAAACCAAAGGUGCCUAUCUAUCUAUCUGUCUGUCUGUCUCGCUCCCCGAGAAGAAGACAGCACUGCUUGCGCUCUCCAGGAAGAUGACCUUCUGUUUGUUUCCUCUGUUUUUGUUUGUUUGUUUGUUUGUUUUGUUUUUGUUCCAUUUUGUUUGAAAGUGAAUUCCAGAACUUUUUUUUUUUCCAUCGGGUGUCACCCUAAACCUGGGGCAUUCCAGAGACAGAUAGCAGGAAAAGCAACAGUGAUGCUGACAACAAUGUGAGCAGUGUAAAUAGCCUAAACAUUUAUAUAUGCAUUUUAUAUGACGAUGUUGAUUGAGAACAAGUCAACAGCUUCAGCUAAUGCCCCUCCGAGCGUGGAGGCAAACCUUGAAAGAGUGUAAACUCUAUCUUAGGAGUGUCUUUAUUGACUGAAAACUGUACAAUCCCAGGGAAAUAUUUUGCGUAACAGUCACAAAUAGCAGUAUUGUAGAACAUGAUGAUAUCAUCACAGUAUUCAGAUAAAAAUACACAGGCCAGCAACACUCUCCACAUAAUGACUGAGAAAUGUGUGAGAGAGCCUUUAGACUCAGACACAAACACCAGAUGCAUAUGCAUAAUGACUUGCCAUAAUGUGUCUUCGCUUUAUUCUAGUUACUGACUUGUGGUUCCGUUUAGGUCAUUGGAGGUAUUGACAGAAUGGGCGGAUCGGUAAAACAAAGACGUGGAUGUAGAGGAGGACAGAAUGUGCCUAGUCCUUGAUCCACCCUCUGAGCAAGUGAGCGCAGUAUUUCAGGCUGAAACGAUCUGCUCAGCAGACCGUCCAGCCUACGGGCAUUUUUUUUACAUUUUUUUUUGCUGAGAGGUCUUUUCUUAAUAUGAAACAGAAACGCUUAUUUCGCAGGCAUAGUCAUGCAGUUUUUUUUAUUACAAAAAAGUCACAUUAUGGUACUAUUGUUAAGCCGCUGUAGAUUUCUGCCAAGCUCAGUCAGGCGGUCCGGUCUCCUGACGAGACUCUCGCGCACCAGCAAAGCUCACGUCAUGCUAUUGCACUGAUCGCAGCACUGAGUGACCAGAACUUAGCUUUUGACAUCUGAAACAUACACAUAGGUGUGUCGCCGCUACACUGUAAGAGUUCCCCAUUCUGACAAUGCUGGUGUUCACGUGUUUUUUUGGGGGGUAAACAGGUUUAAAUCUGUUCAGGAGAUGGAGUUCUAGGUGGCUGUGUUCGCGCUUUGUUAGUAAAUCCAGCCCAGUUCAGUACUGUGGAGGGCCCUGUCAUCUGACCUGGCAAAGGGGCAUACUAAGAACACUGAGCAGUCUCUCCCUCUCACUGUGUAUGGCAUACCAAAGAUAUUUUAGAGUGGAUUAUAUUUGAACAAAACUGUGUGCAACGACGUCUGCCUCGAAAAGAGUCGUCUCAGACACAGCAAUAAAUAUUGUGAUCAUGGGUUGAUAGUGCUGUCACAUAGAAUGUAAUGUUUUGUGUACAGGCAAAAUAACAUUUCCUUUUUGUUUGUCAACAACAAUAACAAGUACCCUUAUGGA